AUGGUCAAGGCGGACGCUAAAGCCACCAAGAAAUGCCCCCGAUUGGAAGUAAACGCCAUCAGAGAAAAGCCGCCCCCACUGGUAUACGACAACAAGGAGGAGGUACAAAUACAUCCGAGUCGGCCUAAGGCUACUACUUUUAUAGCAUCCGAUCUGACCGGCCCGCAAAAGGAGGAGCUGGUCGCCUGCCUUCAAAGGAACCACGAUGUGUUUGCCUGGUCGGCGCACGAGCUGCCCGGGGUCGAUCCAAGUGUGGCACUGCAUGAGCUGCACAUUCGGCCAGACGCCCGACCGGUCAAGCAAAGGAAGUACGACUUUAGCGUUGAGCAAGAUCUAAUUAUCCGGGCCGAGGUAGAAAAGCUAUUAGAGGCCAGGGAUUUAAACAAGGCCUGCCCCAAGGACUCUUACCUGCUGCCAAGGAUAGACCAGAUGGUCGACUCGACGGCCGGAUACGAGCUGAUCUGCAUGCUCGAUGCCUAUCAAGGCUAUCACCAGGUGCCACUCGCGCGCGAAGACCAGGAGAAAAUCAGUUUCGUCACGGCUGACGGGACGUUCUGUUAUAAGGUCAUGCCGUUCGGAUUAAAGAACGCAGGCGCUACCUAUCAAAGAAUGAUGAACAAGGUGUUCCGGAAACAGAUCAGAUGGAAUUUGGAGAUGCUGCGAAAUUACGGAAUCAAGCUCAAGCCAACCAAGUGCCUGUUUGGCGCUAAAGGGGGACGAUUUUUGGGCUAUAUAGUCACCGAACGGGGAAUCGAAGCGAACCCCAGUAAAGUAAAUGCUCUGCAAGACAUGGCACCGCCUCGCAACCUGAAGGAAGUACAAAGACUGACUGGAAGGAUCACGACGCUAUCAAGGUUUAUAUCUAAAUCAGCUGAUCGGAGCCUGACAUUUUUCAAGAUUCUGAGGCAAGCGACCAAGUUCCAGUGGGAUGGUGAGUGUGACAAGGCGUUCGAGGAACUCAAACAAUAUCUCAGCUCCUUGCCCAUCUUAGCCAAGCCAGCUGUGGGGGAGCCGCUUUUAAUUUAUUUAUCAUCGACUGAGCAUGCUAUCGGUUCAGCGUUAAUCACUGAGAAAGGGGGAAAGCAACAAACAAUGUAUUUUUUGAGCCACAUGCUGAAAGAUGCUGAGUCUCACUAUACAGGUCUUGAGAAGCUUGCUUACGCCUUGAUUCUCGCCGCCUGGAGACUUCGACCCUAUUUCUUGGCUCACUCUAUAAUUGUGAUGACCAAUAGCGCCUUGGGUCGUGUCCUGCUCAACCCUGAACCGUCUGGCCGGUUAAUCAAAUGGACCACUGAGCUCAAUGAGUUCGACAUCCAAUACCGACCCCGAUCGGCUAUAAGAGCACAGGCGUUGGCGGAUUUCAUCACAGAAGUACUGGACCCUGAGCCAGAGUCCACAUGGAGGGUAUACGUGGAUGGUUCGUCCGCCCGACCAGGUAGUGGAAUAGGCAUCCUGCUUAUAUCCCUAAAAGAAGACCGAAUGCAUCUAUCCAUUCGAUUGGAAUACCGAGCCACCAACAACGAGGCCGAGUACGAAGCACUCAUAGCUGACCUCCAAGCCGCUCGGCACGUCGGGGCCACCAAGGUGCUCUUACAUUCGGAUUCUCAGUUGGCGGCCCAACAGCUGAACAGAACGUUCGAGAUUAAUAGCGCUCGGCUCAGGUUAUAUGCGGACGCCUUCAAAAAGCUCAAGGCGAAUUUCCAAGAGGUUGUUAUUUACAAAAUUCCUCGAUCGGAGAACCAAGCGACAGACGAACUGGCAAAGCUGGCUAGCGCGAUGACGCCGAUCAUCACCACUUCCCCCAUUGAGCAGGUCUCUCUAAUGGCUCACGUUGACCGAUCAGGAGAGAUACCACUUCCGAAAGACUGGAGGACACUCAUCAUUAGGUUUCUCCAGUCAGGAGCCUUGCCAGGAGGUCACGAAGUCGACCGGAUCUUAAGAAGGAGAGCCGCUCGGUUCACCCCGGUGGGUGAGCAAUUGUAUAAAAAAGCUUUCUCACGCCCUCUGCUCAAAUGUGUGGGUGCUGAGGACGCUAAAUAUAUCCUUCAAGAAGUACAUCAGGGCUCUUACGGAGGGCACCCGAGUGGGCGAUCACUAGCAAAGAAAGUUAUCCUAGCAGGAUAUUUUUGGCCAACACUCCAGAAAGAUGCGAACAAGUUGGUAGCUACUUGCUUAUCCUACCAAAAGUACAGCAAUCUGACCCACCGACCGACCUCUGAAAUGAAAGUGUCCACUGUUGCGUGCCCAUUCGACCAGUGGGGAAUGUACAUAGUCGGCCCUUUUCCUAUGGCGAAUGGUCAGAGAAAGUUCCUACUGGUGGCCGUUGAAUAUUUUUCAAAAUGGGUGGAGGCCGAACUGCUGGCAAGAAUAACGGAAAGCAUGGUCAAGAAGUUUUUAUGGCAGAACAUUAUAUGCCGGUUCGGCAUACCACACCGACUUGUCUCAGAUAAUGGGAGACAGUUCACGGGCCAAGAGUUGGGGAAAUGGUGCGUGGGUUACGACAUACAGCAAGCUUUUACCUCCAUGGCCUACCCUCAGAGCAAUGGAUAG